GAAAAACACUCUAGCAUUAGGGGCAGCAGAUGACCCGGCUCAGCAGCCAGGAGCACAACAGUCCUCUCUAACAAAUGAAAGGAUGGGGGGCAUCAGCAGCAGCUGAAUUCAGAGAAACUGGACCAGGGGCCGAGGGGGGAGAACUGCUUUCUGCUCACUUUUGGGCCACUUUUGUUGGAUUUAUUCCUCGGUCCACACCAACAUGCCAUUUGCCAAACGAGUCGUGGAACCUCAGUUACUGUGCAGGCAUCAAAUCCCAAACGAGGAGCCUCAGCUUUUCGAGGACCUGGUCUCCAUCAGUAAUGUGGCUCUGUCCCGGACCUUGCGGCAGCUGUCGGACCUGGCCAAACAUGCCUGCUCCAUAUUCCAGGAGCUGGAAAACGACCUCUCAUCCACCAGCCUGCGGGUCAGGGGGCUGCAGAGUAAGAUUAACGAACUCCAGCAGACCUGCUCCGAGCUGGACCCCAAACAGGAGGCAGUGCCGGUGUCUAACCUGGAUGUGGAGAGUAAGCUGACGGCACAUUACCAAGCUCCCUGGCACCAGCAGAGGAACAUUUUCCACCCCUCCACACGGCCAGCAUGUGUUGUAGACCUCCACAGGCAAGCCAACGUCAGCCGGUGGGCCCUACACCAAGAUCACCAGAGGAGAGGAUCAGGCAGCAGGGAGCGGAGAGUAACCAUCUCCAUGCCCAUGUACCCCUCCCCACACAUCGUCCAGAGGCAAGAACACAGGGGCACAAAUGUGACAACGUUUGAGUCCACCCGCUCCUCCUCCCCUACCGAAUGUUGCCGCUUCUCUCCCUGGAGCAGAAAGGCUGUGCCCUUUGACCCCGACACUGACGGGGUGGUACUAGGUCACCGGCCCAGGUUUCCCAUCCCUAACACCCCCUCCACCCUGGACAAGCAGACUAACUGGUCUAAAGCCCUGCCGCUGCCCACCCCAGAGGAAAGAAUGAAAAACAAUUCCCAAGUCAUCACCUCAUUUGUCAUCCCCAUUAAUGUGACUGGCGUUGGCUUUGACAGAGAUGCUAGUGUGCGCUGCUCGCUCGUUCACUCGCAGUCUGUGCUUCAGAGGAGGAGGAAGCUGAGGAGACGGAGGACUGUCGCCGGCGUUCCCCGACAGGUGCAGCAGGAUUUAGACUCGGAUGAUUCUCCUGGUUCCAGAGAGCGAACGGUGAUAGUUCAUGCCAGUCCCAAUAUCACUCCCUCCAACGAGGAGCUGGCCAGCCAUCACAGCACCAGGGACUCCGGCUGCCAGACAGAAGACUUUUUGAUCUCAGGAGCGCCGUCUCGGCGGAGGAUCAGGGCCCAGAGAGCGCAGGGAGUCUCCCUCUCCCACUCAGCAGGCAACAUCUUGUGCCUGUCGGACAGCGCCGACGCCAUGUUCUCUGCCUCCGUGGGCGCGCGCCUGCGCUCCCGGAGCCUGCCCAGAGACGCCAGCCGGAUGAUAGACAACGGGCACAAUGACAGCAACGAUGAGGAGGAACUUUCCCCCUUUGACAUCGAGGACUUCCUGCCUGGACCGGGGGAGUUGAUUCUGAAGGAUGAAGAAGAGAGCAUGGAUGAGCAGGCCAUUUCUGAACACCAGCUGGGCUUGAAGUACAAGCAGCUCUCCGAGAGACCGGAGCACAGCUGGAUGGAGAGGACCAGAUCCCAACUGCCAAGGAAGGCCGACAUGGGCAGCUGUGAGAUCUCAUCCAGUUCAGACACCUUCAGCAGCCCGGUGCAUUCUGGCUCUGCUGCAGGGGUGCUGGGAGGUCAGAUGGACCAUAAGGACGACCACCAGUCCUCAAGUGGGAAUUGGAGCGGGAGCAGCUCCACCUGCCCAUCACAGACCUCCGAAACCAUCCUCCCAGCAGCAUCUCCGCUGCUGACGGGCUCCUCGCACUGUGACUCAGAGCUCUCCCUAAACGCCGCUACUCACAGCAACGAAGACCACACCAGCUUCAUGCUGGACCACUACCAAGGUCUGAGGACCCAGCGGGCCGGCUCCUUCUCCUCCACAGCUAUGGACAUAUUAGAGGAAGCAGGGUCCAGCACUCCCAUUGAGGGGGAGUGGAGUUACCCCCACACGGAGCCUCCACGCUCACAGGACUUCAGCCCUGAGCCCAGCAGAGAGGCUGAGAGCAGCCUGGGCUGCCCCAGCUUCACCAGCAUGGCCACUUGCGAGAGCAGCUUCUCUGACAAACCGCUGUCGGAGAAGGCCGACACCGUGUCACACUACUCCGUAGACACUGAAGGCUACUACACCUCAAUGCACUUUGACUGUGGUAUAAAAGGUAGCCAAAGCUUCACUUACAACUAUGCAGCCCCCGGUUCUGAUUGCGGCCUGUCUGACUUCAGCGGUCACAUGACUCUGGGGAGACGCUGCCUCUCUUUAAGAAAACCAAAGGCGAAGCCAUGUCCGCCUAAGAGGAGUUCAUCAUUAAGAAAAAUAUGCAGUGAGGGACACAUCCCUGACGAUAAAGAACCAAAGAUUACUUUCGCGGAGCAGCUUCCGCUGUCUUCCAAGGAGAGGAAACUGCAGCUGUCUUUGUCUGGCUCUGCUGGUCGUAUAGACAACUCUUCACUGGUCAGAGAGCCCCUUGAGAUCUGGGGGCUUGAGGGCUCAACUGAUCUACCUAACUUAGGCAUGUUUAGCUCCACAGAUGCACAUUCAUUUAAGGACGAGGGGGUUGUACAGUCAGACUAUGCAGAUCUGUGGCUCCUGAACGAUUUAAAAUCCAGCGAUCCUUACCGAUCUUUGUCAAACUCCAGCACAGCGACGGGUACAACUGUUAUCGAAUGCAUCAAGUCACAGGAAAGCUCUGAGUCUCAGACAUCCCAGUCUGGCUCCAGAGCCACCACCCCCUCACUUCCAUCAGUAGAGGGAGAUUUCAAGCUAACAUCUCCAGAGAAGCUAGCAGGGCUGGCCAGCCCAUCCAGCGGUUACUCCAGUCAGUCAGAAACCCCCACCUCCUCUUUCCCCUCCGCUUUCUUUCCCGGACCGCUGUCACCAUCCAGUGGCAAGAGGAAGCCAAAAGUCCCGGAGAGGAAGUCGUCUCUUUCGUCGCUGUCACUGCAGUCGCUCUCUUGCAGGGAUGGAGCCACCUCGAAGAGAGACCUGGAGCUGCCAAUAAUCCCUCCAUCCCACCUCGACUUAAGUGCCCUUCAUAGUGUUGCCAACAAGACUCCAGCUUACAGGACCCAGAAUCAAAUCCUUCAGCAUAGCAAACAAAAAGCUCCAGUGUCAGCCAAACCUGUUGCACCACCUAACGCCCAUCCCAUGUCCAUCACGCCCACAGUGCUGCACUCAGUACAGCUCCGGUCCAUCAGUAAGGAACCUGAAGGAAGCCAUGAGGACAAAACCACUUCCAAACUCAAAUGCCCCACUGUGAACUUAACUGACACACUUUCUUGUAGCAAUUCUGUGGAGGUCAAGAGUCCCCUGUUAUAUAACUCACUUCAACAUCACCCACCCUCGAAGGGGUCGUGUGACUCUGUGUUUACCUCAAGCGAAGAGCUUGCCGACGGAGAGGCAGCAUGUCAAAGUGAGACGAUUGUCAAGCAGGACAGAGAAGCCGAGACAUCGUUAGACGUCCCAGAGAGGACCACAAGUGAUGAAGGAGAGACGAGUGGAGAGUCUGUAGAAACGCCUCUCUGCUCUGGAGACAGCAGCAUGCUGGCCAAGCCUUUACACCAGCAAAGAGCUGAGGAAGAAGAACCGUAUCAGAUUAAACCAGGUCUUCCUCUCCCUGUUCAGCACAGUUUGCCCAAGAGAUCCAACCUUUUAUCAAACGGCCUUGAUAAAGUGCCCAAUACUGAUGUCCAAUCAAGGACGUCGCAAGGGAGUUCAAACAGCGAUGAAGGUAGCAAAGAAGUGGAAAAUGAGUUAUCAGGUGCUUCAGCGGAAAAUGGCUCCCAGGACGACAGGCAGGAGUCCACAGCAGAGACCAACGGCUGCUUCAGUACAGACUCCACACCCAGUGAUAACACAGUGUCCCCUCUGAGUGAUGAGUCGAGGCCAGAGGACGACAGUGUGUUUCUGUCCCCCACCAAGGCUCGGACCACGGAGGAUCUGUUUGCUAUGAUACACAGGUCCAAAAGGAAAGUGUUGGGCAGGAAGGAUUCCGCCGAGUUGAAUGUCAGGAACCGCCUCGGUGCUGCAUCAGGGUGCACCCCAACCAGCAGCACUGUGAGCUCCCCAGUCCCCCUGGUGUCUCCCUCCCCCGCUGUGACGCCGCCGGGCCUGCACAGAGUCUCCGGGCCCAUCUAUAGAAACGCAAAGAGGUCCAGCACCUCCAACGAGGAGUUCAAACUGCUGCUGCUCAAAAAGGGCAGUCGCUCAGAAUCCAGUUACCGCAUGUCAGCGGCAGAGAUCCUCAAGAGCCCCGUCACUCCUAAAUCUCCCGGAGAUUUUCUGUUGGAGUCCCCCAGACAGCCCGAAGAGCCCACCUCUCCCCUGCAGCAUCAGUCAGGACCAGAUCCGCCCUCCAGCCCUUACCCCAAAGCAUACGCAGAGGGCUUCUCCCCGAAAUCCUUCCCCACAUCUGCUGCUUCCAGGCAGGGCCGCUCCAGAAUCCCCCCGCCUGCCAACAGUAGCCGCUAUGGCAUGCGCAGCAGACUGUACCCCGUGCCCAUGCAGGCCAUCUCUGAGGGCGAGACGGAGAACUCGGACGGAAGUCCCCAGGACGACCGCUCAUCACAGGGCUCCACGUAGAAAACAGACAACAAGUGUCAGAAGGUAUGAAAUGAUUGUUUACCGUAAAAACAGAUGGACCAGAAUGAGUUCUAAUGGCAGGAGCAUUGAGGAGGUCAUUGGUAAUGUAUGCAGAACAUUUUUAAAGAAAUAGUCAUACAUUUACUGUUUGUGGCUGAGUUUUAUAGAUGUUUCCUUUUGGUUAUUCUGUGGAUACUUUAAACAAAUAUCUUCAGAAAUAUGUUAUACACAUAUUAGCGUUAGAAACAGGGAACCAGAUUUUUUAGCAUCUGCACCAAAAUAUGAAUGAUGAUUAAGUAGAAAUGAUGAGCGAAACAUUAUUCUACAGAAAACAAAAAAAGACAUAAACAGUUCUCAAAAAGCUAUGGUUUGGUUAGUUUAUGGCCAAAGCCUUCCCUCAGCCCCGCUGCAGUACAUUCAUGUUCAGUCUUAGCUGUUCUGCUGCCAGACGUCUCCACAAUUUAAAACAAUUCUCACAGAUGGACAUUUUUAUCUAGGACAAAUAUGUUGGAUGAAUUGUUUGUAUUCUGUGAAUACCUAUGCAAGUAGACACCAUUUUUACAUUUCUUAAAGCCAGUUAUACAAAUCAUUUUGAUACUCCCCAACUGAUCAUCAGGACUAACACUGUAUGGGAAACAGCUGUGUAAAAAAACACGGGAAUCCUCAAUGCAUCUAUUCCUAUUGAUGUGUGUGUAUAUUUUACUCAGUCCUUUUAAAAGCGUAUUAGAGAUUAUAUCAAACUUUAACAAUAUUUUCAAAUUCUCACGCAAUAAGACGAGUGAUUCGAGGUGCCACAGGAGAUGUCAGAGCCAAGCACUAACUUGACAAUCUUAGGAGACAAGAAGGGAGCAGGUGUUAACAUGGGAGAAGAAAAAGUGUUCAAAAAGUCCGAGGCGGUGAAAUAGGAGAGCUGUAAAAGAAUAAGGAGGUUGUGUGUUGUUUUUUUAUUAAACGUGAUAAGGGUCAUUUCUGGUUUGCUGACUCAGUGUGUUCACGAAUUGUUGGAAGAGGCAAGUGGAAAGUGUUCAGGAGGAUCAAAUAUGCCUUAUUACUCUCUAAAAGAGCCAGUCAGAGACCAGCAGCUUGGCCUCAGCAAGGGGAGUGGUUUAUGAGAUUUUUCAGUUUUGAUGGAGGAUGUAGGGUUGAAUAUGGAGCCAGCUAAUCAUCUAUCUAUGAUGAAAAGACCACGUUCUGGAUUAAGGGGCCUAGCAUUUGGUGCUAUUAUGUACCAAAUGCUCGUCUAUUUAAUUUCCCAACAAAAUAUAACCUGACGUAGUUUCAUAUUUUUUGUGACACAACAAUCUAAAUAUAUAUAUAUUUAUAUAACUGGCACAGAAGUUCUCCAUAAGCUCCCCGAUUUGGUUUACACCUCUAGAUAACCUAAAGCUGAACUCUUUAGAUGCAGUGAAUUGCUGGUAUAAUUAAAAACGUAUUUUAUUCAGAUAGUUAUUUUGUGUAUAAGAGACAAAUUUUAAAUCUUAUUUAAGACACUGGCUGCCGAGACAAAUAGGAAAGCCACUCAUUAAUGAAGCUACAAGUGAGGUUUUAGUUGUAACCCUGGCAACCUGAGGCUUUUUAUUUGUCCCCAAUCAUUCACAGUAAUUUUUAUAUGGUGUUUAAUGCAGUGAUGGUACUCAACCAUUAUGCAAAAAUGACAGAUUGUAGCCAUAAUGCCCUAUGGAAGACUGUUCUUCCCUAUAGGUACACUGUAAAUACUUAAACUUAAUUUUGGCCUUAAUGAUACUCCAUACUGCAAAAUGAAAUGUCAAAUAACAGGGUACACAAUGGGUUAUGUCUAAGUACCUUCAUUCCAACUUUUUUUCCUUUCUUUUUUUUUUUUGCACUGAUAAAGUGAUGUUUGUGAAGUUUCAUCUGUCUCUUGCUGUACCUGGAGAUAUUUAUAGACCUUUACAUGCAGCUGUUUGACUUCCCUUGAAUAGUAUCCACACCCUGAGUACACUUUGGGAGUGGAGUAGAUGCUUCUGCCAAAGGCUAGAGCGUGCACGUUAGUGGCAUCAAACUGUUUUUCUCUUCUCGUUUACUUGACUGAAACAAAAACCGAAACUAAGGAGAAUCACAGCGUAACUUAUGGUACUAGAUGCAUUUUGGACUUCAGAUCAACAUCUGUAGGUAUCAGCUUUUGUAUUUUUUUGUACAAACUUGUAAAUACAAAUAACUUUUGGAAUUGUCACAAAGGUUGUUGAAUUGUUUCUUAUGUAUAAACAAAAAUGUUUUCAAAGUUUACAUUGAUUUCAAACCUUUGUAUAUUUUUGAGCUGUGGAACACUUUGUCUUGUAUUUAUUUUUUAGUAAGCAUCGUGGAACUCCCAUAGUAAAUCCUAUCAAAGCCAAGUGCUAGCACCACAGGCUGCUUAGCAAAUGUGUAUAAGAAGACAAAUAAAUGUGACUGCCUUGAAAAU